AGAGAGUGAGGGAGAGAGAGAGAGUGUGAGGGAGAGAGAGACAGGAUGGCGGAUUUGGUGCAGCAGAGGGUUGAGGAGCGGAUCCCCGCACUGGAGCAGCUGGAGAGAGUUGGACUGUUCACCAGGAGAGAAGUGAAGUUGAUGCUGAAGAGAUCGACAGCUCUGGAAUAUAAACUCCACAGAUCUGUACAGAGUAAAGAUGAUUAUAUUAACUACAUCCAGUACGAGGUGAACGUGCUGGAACUUAUCAAGAAGAGAAGAGCCAGAAUCGGUUAUCAGUUUAAGAGGGAGGAGAUCGAGUUCCCCAUCAUCCAGAGAAUCAACAGCGUCUUUAGAAGAGCCACGUCCAAGUGGCAGGAGGACGUCCAGCUCUGGCUCUCUCAGGUCGCCUUCUGUAAGAAAUGGGGGACGAAGGGACAACUCAGCAAGGUCUUCUCCUCCAUGCUGGCCAUCCACCCCGACAAACCCAAUUUAUGGAUCAUGGCGGCCAAGUGUGAGAUGGAGGACAGGGACUCGUCAGAAAGCGCUCGCCACCUGUUUCUCAGAGCGCUCCGCUUCCAUCCGGAGAGCAAGAAGGUUUACCAGGAGUAUUUCCGGAUGGAGCUGAUGCAUGCCGAGAGACUGCGCAAACAACAGGAGGAACUGGAACGAGCCAAAAUCGACAUCGGUGAGUACGAGUUUUCUCCGGAGAUCCUGAGCGGCAAGUUGGCCGAAGUCAUCUACCAGGACGCCACGCAGAAAAUUAAAGGGGCGGAGUUUCUGCUGUCUCUGCUCCAGAUCGCCGCCCUUUUCGACUUCACCAGGGAGCUGCAGGACUCCAUCCUCCGCGAUCUGCAGACUCAGCACACGGACGACUCGGUGACCUGGGACUUCAUGGCGAGACGGGAGCUGGAGGCGGGCGUGGCCCCGGAGCUGCCCUCGGCCCAGAAUCGGGCCGCCGACAUCGCGAGCAGAGAGGAGCGCUGCAGCGCCGUGUACGAGGAGGGGCUCAAGAACCUCAACACGGAAACCAUGUGGGCGUGUUACGUGACGUUCUGCAUGGAGAGGUUUAAGAGGAAGACCAACGUCUCAGAGCUGAAGGAGAAGAGACGAGAGCGGCUGCUCGGGGUCCUACAGAGAGCCCACGAUGCCUCACUGCUGCAGGAGACGUUCUACAGGACCUGGCUGGAGGUCUUGAUUUCCUCCAAUCAAUCAGACGCAGCCGUUCAGGUCGCCAUAGCGGCCGCUAAACGCUUCAGCCAAUCGGUGGAGACGUGGACGCUUUGCUUGCAGACACUAAUUCGUUUAGACAGAGAGGAGGCGGGGCCUCUGUUCCAGGAAGCGCUGAAGCUCGUGAAUCCAAAGGACAGUGUGUCCCUGUGGACGCUCCAGGUCGAGUGGAGCGCCGCGUCGCAGCCGCCGGACCAGACAGACGCUCUGUUUCAGAGAGCGCUGUUAUCUCCGGUCCCUCAGGUUUCCACAGUGCUGAAGGAGCUGUACCUGCAGUGGGCCUACAGAACCGGGGGAUAUAAAAAGGCCAGGAAACUUUUCACCAGCCUGCAUGAACACAGACCGUUCUCCAGAACAUUCUUCACCACCAUGGUCCAGAUCGAGAAAGAACAAGAGAAGCCGAAGAUGAGUCACCUGAGAGAUUACUUUGAGCGAGCACUGCGCGAGUUCGGCUCCUCAGACGACGAUCUGUGGAUGGAUUACAUCAAAGAGGAGCUGGGUGUCCAUGGCAACCCUGAGAACUGUGGGAAACUCCACUGGAGGGCCAUGAAGAGUCUGACUGGGGAGAGUGUGGAGCGCUUCACCACGCAGUACACACUGCUGCAGACCGGCCACAUCUAGACCACACACACGUGCGCUAUGACCCUCCACCUGCUGUCACACACCUUCCUCAGUCCAAUCGCGUCCACGUUGUCCCUCUACACCACAACUUCAGACUUUAUAAUUUUAUAAAGCGGUUUAUCUAACGAACGUGACCUUUAGUAACCUUUACUACACACUUCAACCUGAAGCUGUAAAGCUCACACUCGGUGUGUAACGAGGGCCGUGUGUUCAGUGUUUUUGUUCUUUCACAUCUUUUCUUCUUCUUUUUUUUUUUUUUUUGUAAUUUUUUUGUUAGUUUUGUUAAUUUCUCACGCAGAUGUUUCAGAAAUAAACGCGCUGUCGAGGUUGUGGUGAA